AUGUCUUUAAUAUUCUCCAUGGCGUCCAUCGACAAGCCCAACCAAGCUUGCUUCUGCCACUACCAAUACCACCAUUUUUACACUUACCCUCUGUUCCCUGGCGAAACCCUCUUACACUCCAGCUGCGAGUCCAUAUGCCGGUUCGAAAGCUGCGAAGAGUCCUUUGAAGACCCGAUAGAUUUCCGCACGCACGUCCUGACAGCACACCUUGACCUUCUCCUGGCCCUCGACAUCACAGUUGGAGCCAAGGGAGCUCAACUCCUAUUGGCAUGGGAUACGCCCAUUGGUGAUAAUCAAGAGGGCACAGUAUGCUACUGCACGCCAGCAGUACCUUGCCGCGGUGGAGGAGCAGAAGAAGAAGAAGAAGCUGGAGCUCACAGACAAGAUGGACUGAAUGGAGCUGUUGGCGCCCCAGAGCGCAAAGCUAGUGGGCGGAAGCAUGGCACUACGAGGAGUGAUGCCGUGCGUGUAGAUUAUAGCAAAUGA